AUGGGAUGCGCACCGAGCAGCGGCCGCACCAGCGUGGCCAAGGAUCACACCGAAAAUGGGGCCGAGCCCGAACAUGACCCCACCACCAAGCGCGUCCUCAUGCACACGCCGGACGUCCGGCAAGAGGUCGGGCCGGGCGUGUUGUCGGUCAGCAACGAAGAACAACAGGUCGUCAUUUUCAUUUUUGGUACGUUUGAUACUGUUUUGUUGUUUGAAAUGUUUAGAUUUAAGGUUUUGGCUUCGAGUUAAGGUUUUUCAAGUUCAAGUUUAGAAAAUACAGUGGAACUGCUGUAUAAUGAAUUGUGCUUAAUAACCAAAAAAACUCGUUAUAACGACCAAAAGAAUCUUUUUUGUAUCGUAAUAUGUACGCAAUUCACACUUUACACUCACUUUUCCCACAAACGUUAAAUUUCAACCCUCUAACGUGUCCUUUAAUUAUCAGUGGGUUGUAGACAUUAAUCAUAGCGUAAAGUUACAUUCUUGUGCCCUUUAAAAGCCCGUAUAUUAGUUUUAUUGCCAAAAAAUAUUCGAAUACCAAAAUCUAUUCGUCCUCAGGGAAUUUCGGGUUUUUCGAAUUCCAAAAAUAAGAUAAUACGGACGUAUACACGACGGGAGAUGUGUGUAACAAUGAAAAGAAAUUGUUAUUCAAAAAAGAUAUAUUUUUUCGAUUUUUAAGUUUUGAAAUCAAUUUAAUAUUUUUUUAUUUAAGCCAAUUUUAAACUUCCAAAUUCAAAUCUUAAAAUUGAAAUUUUAUUGUAAUUUUUUAAGUCGUUCAAAUAAUUAUGCGCCCUCUCACAAAAGUUAUUUUUGGGGUUUGGGGCACAGGCCUAUUUGAACAACCUAAUAAGUUUUGCAACAAGGAAGUUGCCGUCCGUCCAAAGACAAGUUCCUUAUGCGAAGCCAACCUUACAAAACCUCCUCCAGCUUUACAGUAUUGUGAAAGUUGUACAUAUUUGUCUUCAAAUGUUUAACUGCGUCAAUUUUUGCGACGUCGGAUUAGGCCAGAAUUAAAAUGGCCAUAUAUCCAAAUCUAACAUCCCAAAACAAGAGAUCGUAUUUCCUGUCUUUGACGUAAAACACACAUAUGGUUUCUCUAAAGCAGAUGACCGUAAAUAAUUUCACAUAACGUGUAAUUUCAUCCAACAAAACAAUCGUUCUUCUCUUAAUCACAUUUUACAGCGAAACAAAGGUGACAUACCAAGAAGCACAGGUUUUUUAUUAUGUUACGGCUUUCUUAUUAUAUUAGGCCAUUGUUUUUAUUGCCAUUAUGAUAUGUUAGAGCAAUGUUUAUUUGUUUAAACAUUAAUAAUAAGAUACAAAGAGAUAUCAUAUGUUAAAUUCACAACUAUAAUAUUUUAAAGUAGAAGAAACCAAUUAAAGCUAUAAUUAUUACUUUUAAAAACUUAAUUACCAGAAAAUUUCCACACAAUAUAUAAUUACAACUUUCUUAAUAAUCAAUAAUUAAAACGUUUUCAAUAAAAACUGUCUUAACCUUGCUAAAACCUCAAAUUGUAUGUUAAGAUCUUAAAUUAUAUGUUAAGACACUCGAUUUCAGGAGGUCCAGGAAGCCAAAAAGGCCUAAUAACCCAAGACUUGGCUCACGAAUUCGACUUUAUCACGAUAAGCGUCGAAGACAUUGUCUUUUCCUAUCUCCCGAACAAAGUCGCCAACACCGUGACAAACACGGUGGAAAUGCAACAACUAUUAAAACGCGACCAGAAAGUGAUCAAUUUGGACUGGAUCAUGAACAUGAUCAGUGCCAAACUCUCUACUUCAACUAGUCAACGGUUUAUUAUCGACAUCGUGCCCGAAUUAAACUCCAUGUUGAAGACGGACGGAUUUCGGACGGGGAAUCACGAUGAACAACUUGAGAAUUUUGACAGACGAGUAAGUUGUAGUAGACAGGUUUAUAACAAAGCCAAUCACUGAAAACAUAAAAACGAUACAUUUGAAGGAUAAGAUCCAAGGGACAAAGCUCAAAAAUGGAAAUAAAAGCGAAAAGAAUUUCGGAAAGUUGUGUUUUUACCUGUAUCUUGACGGAAGUAAUUUUAAAUUAAACUGACAUUAGUUAAAUAAACAAAUUAAUAAAUUUUAAACUUACAUUUAAUAUCACAGACGAAAUAUUAGCGUAAAACAAAUUGAAUUCACAACAAGCAAAAUAAUUUAGGAAAAAUAAUAUAAUAUAGGAACGUAACGCCAUAACCGUCGUUUUCGUGUCAAGAGACGAAGAAAGUCGUUGUGUGAAAGUUUUGCAGAUUUUUAGACCUUAAACUUGCCAAAUCUUAAUUUUAAAAGAAAUUUACUUUUUAAAACUCCAAUUUUCAAACAAUUUUGAUGAUUGAAACUUAAACUUGAUAAGCUUUUACUUUUAACGUAAUAUCGUUUCAGCACCACGUAGCCUUUGCCUUAGACCUAUUCAUAUCAGAAGAGAGAUUACUAUUGGACCGGAAACCAGAAAAGAACAGUAAAGACAAGAAUGCUGAUCCUUCGAAGGAACAAUUGAGUCCCGAACUUACGGCUUACAUGAAAGGCAUAGAUGAAGCUGAUAAAGGAAGGCUGGAGAAGAGAUUAGAAGCGUUUCAUCGCUGUUCAGCGCCAUUUUUAAGUUACUUUAGAAAGACGGAUCGAGUGGUACGAUUGGAUAUGAAGGUGCCCGGCAAUCCGGGCAUCAUGCAAGCUGUGCGACAGACCUUCACAGACUUUGGCUAUGCCAGGAACAACGACUUUAUCCGGGUUGUGCUGUUUGUUAUGAGUCAGUUUUCUGAUUUUGUGUGAAUUUUGUUCAAAACAUUUUGAGUUUCAUAAUUAGGUAGCAUAACUUUUAAUAUUUUGGAUUUUUAAAACGUCUUUUUUUAAAUUUAGACUUUUUUAGACGAACGCCAGAUAUCUGACAUCGACCUACCAUACUAUCGGCUACGUAAAGUACGGUUGUCUGACGUAUGUCAUGAUACAGAUGAGACGUUGAGUCAGCAAAUACGAUCGCUACGUAAAUUCAUUUAUCGUACGGCGAAGCCCAAUGAGAAUAUACUUGUAAUAUUGAACUGCCUUAACAACACCGAUUACCCUCCGGCGAAACGGAUAAACUUUAUCGAAACUAAGCAGACCUACCUUGAUUACUACAUAAAGAAUAGGGAGAGGAGAAGCCCUAGGGGAAGGUAAGGUUCUGUUCCUAGUUAUUUUUUAUAAAAUUUAAUUUUAAAAAUUAAUUUUAAAAUUUCAGAUGUAAAAUGGGAUUCCGCGCGAUAACAUCAACGAUAUCAGAGACCUGCCUCUUCCCCGACACCAUGUCGUCCAAGUUGUGUAUGAAGAUUGGCUACAUCUUUGGUGAAAAGCUGUCGUGGAGUGAGAGCGGGUCGAGAGCACCGUCUCAACUCAGCAACGGCCUUAUCGACAUGUCCACCUCACCGAUGCCACCCAUCGAAGAAUCGCCCAGUUGA